AUGUCGACAAGAAGUAUCUUCGGCGUUCUCGCUACCUUGUUAGCUUCCAGAGUGGAUGCUGUCAACAAUGGCCUAGCUAGAACCCCCCAAAUGGGAUGGGACAAUUGGAAUGCCCUAGGUUGUGACGUGUCCGAGGACCUUCUUCUUCAAACAGCCGACUUAAUUGUUGAUUAUGGUCUUAAAGACCUAGGAUAUCAAUAUGUCAUUCUUGAUGAUUGUUGGAGUAACGGGCGAAACGCUAGCGACAACAACACUCUUGUCGCCAAUGCGGAUAAAUUUCCGCAGGGCAUGAAGGCUGUAGCAGAUGCAGUUCAUGAUCUUGGUUUGAAAUUUGGCAUGUACUCAGAUGCUGGCGAAUACACCUGUGGCGGAUACGCUGGAAGUCUAGGAUAUGAAACUGUCGACGCGAAUUAUUUUGCUUCGGUGGGAGUUGAUUAUUUGAAAUAUGAUAAUUGUUACAACACUGGACAAGCAGGAACUCAAUAUUUGAGUUCUCAAAGAUAUCAGGUGAUGGCGAAAGCACUCAAUGCUACUGGACGACCUAUUCUUUACUCCCUUUGUAACUGGGGAGAAGACUCUCCAUGGAAUUGGGGAUCAACUACAGCAAACAGUUGGAGAAUAUCCGGUGAUGUGUAUGAUUCAUGGGACAGAGCAGACGCAAGAUGUCCAUGCGAUGGCCCUGAUGCAUUCAACUGCGUAUUACCCGGCUUUCAUUGCUCAAUUGUCAACAUUAUGAAUAAAGCUUCUUUCAUCGUAUCGAAAGCCCAACCAGGUGCCUGGAACGAUCUAGACAUGUUGGAGGUUGGCAAUGGAGGAAUGACCGACUCGGAAUAUGUAGCUCACUUUAGCAUGUGGGCAAUCGCAAAAAGUCCCCUCAUUCUCGGCAACGACCUCCGCAAAAUCCAACCCGCCGAUCUAGCGAUCAUCUCCAACCCAGCAGUUAUCGCCGUGAACCAAGAUCCGCUAGGUAGUAGCGCUGCUCGUCGCUGGAUGUACGCUACUGAUGCUACUGACGAAAACGGCGUUGCCACAAUCCAAAUGUGGUCCGGCGCUCUUCAAUCCACCACCAACAGCACGACCAGUGACUUUGUUCUCCUCCUCAUCAAUGGUGGUAAUGAACCUCUUACCAUGAACGCCACAUUGGCAGAUAUCUUCAUUGAUUACGGAACCGGAGGCACAGCUGAACAAGUCUCCAUGGAAUGGGAAUUACGUGAUCUCUGGGCAAAUCGCAUGAGUAAUGCUACUGCUCAUGCAAUUAUUGACGCAAGUGCCGCGACUGGAAAUGCGACGACGGGUUACAAUGCUACGACGGUUGGGGAGGGAAGGUAUAAUGCGACGGAAAUGAGUUAUGAGGAUGGGUUGGCAGCAGGGAGAAGUGAGUUGCUGGGAAAUUUGACGGGGACGGUUAAACCUAGUGGAACAGUGAUUGCGGAUGUGGAGGCGCAUGGGGUAAAGAUGUUUAGAAUGAGACCAGUGGAGACUGGCUUGAGGAAGAGGGAUGAAUUGUAG